AUGUCUGCAAGUACUUUUUCAGAUAGUCUUUCAUUAGUUGAAAAUAUUACGAAAUGGAAGAGGAAGAAUGUUCUUGAUUUCUUACAAAAGAAUAAAGAAGUCUUGGAUAUUGAGCCUAGUAAUAUCAAGAUAAUCAAAGAUAAUAGAGUUGCUAGUCUUACCUUCCUUGGCUUGACUGAACAAAAGUUUGUCAAUCUUCCUUAUAGUUUUCUUAACAGACCGGCUGGAGCAAUAGCGAAUUUAGUUAAGAAAAUUAAUGACAAAAGGCAAAAAGUGAAGAGACCUAAGCUUUUCAUCGAUUUCUUAUCAGAUCAUAGGAGAAUUAUUUCAGCUGAUGAAAGUCCAAUCACUUUGAUUCCCUUU